AUGAAACCUUUCACCUUCUUCGAGAGAUUUUCUAAAGCUCUCCGUGAUCAUCCUUCUCUCUCCAGAAUCCUCGUCGUCUCCACGAUUAGUGGUGGAGGACUUAUAGCCUAUUCAGAGGCAAAUGUAUCCUACAGCAGCAAUGGUGUUGAAACUGGAACUAGAAAGAAAAAGGUUGUUCUGCUAGGAACUGGAUGGGCAGGAGCUAGUUUCUUGAAAGAUUUGAGUAAUUCGUCAUAUGAAGUUCAGGUCAUUUCGCCAAGAAACUACUUCGCUUUCACUCCUCUGCUACCAAGUGUUACUUGUGGAACCGUUGAAGCUCGCAGCGUCGUUGAGCCUAUUCGCAACAUGGGAAGGAAAAAUGUUGAGAUGUCUUUCUUGGAGGCAGAGUGUUUCAAAAUUGAUCCAGGAAAGAAGAAAGUUUACUGUAGAUCUAAACAAGGAGUGGAUUCCAAAGGAAAGAAACAAGAAUUUGAUGUUGACUAUGACUAUCUUGUUAUUGCUACCGGAGCUCAGUCUAACACAUUUAACAUUCCUGGAGUGGAAGAGAACUGUCAUUUCUUGAAAGAGGUGGAAGAUGCACAGAGAAUCCGUAGAACUGUAAUUGAUUCAUUUGAGAAGGCAAGUCUGCCAGAUCUCAAGGAAGAAGAGAGGAAGAGGAUGCUACAUUUUGUGGUUGUUGGUGGUGGACCAACAGGUGUUGAGUUUGCUGCUGAGUUGCAUGAUUUUGUAACGGAGGAUCUAGUCAAACUCUAUCCUAAAGCCAAGAAUCUUGUGCAAAUCACUCUUCUAGAAGCUGCAGACCACAUCUUGACCAUGUUUGACAAGAGGAUCACGGAGUUUGCAGAAGAAAAGUUUGGUAGAGAUGGUGUUGAUGUGAAGUUGGGUUCAAUGGUGGUGAAAGUGAAUGACAAAGAAAUAUCAGCUAAGACCAAAGGAGGAGAGGUCUCUACUAUUCCUUAUGGAAUGAUUGUCUGGUCAACUGGUGUUGGGACUCGUCCUGUGAUCAAAGAUUUUAUGAAACAAAUUGGUCAGGGUAAUAGACGUGCUUUAGCAACUAAUGAAUGGCUUCGUGUUGAAGGAUGUGAUAACAUAUAUGCACUUGGUGAUUGCGCAACAAUCAACCAGCGAAAAGUCAUGGAAGAUAUAGCUAAUAUUUUCAAGAAAGCAGAUAAGGACAAAUCAGGAACAUUGACGGUGAAACAAUUUCAAGAAGUAAUGGAUGACAUAUUUGUUAGAUACCCACAAAUAGAACUCUACUUGAAGAGCAAAGGCAUGCGUGGAAUUGCCGAUCUCCUAAAACAAGCCAACACUGAGAAUGGUUCCAGUAAGGCCAAGGAAGAACUGAAUAUAGAAGAACUCAAAUCAGCACUUUCUCAAGUUGACUCACAAGUGAAGUUUCUCCCAGCUACUGGACAGGUCGCUGCGCAACAAGGGACAUACCUUGCAAAAUGCUUUGAUCGGAUGGAAGAAUGCGAGAAAAAUCCAGAAGGUCCCAUUAGGAUCAGAGGAGAAGGCCGUCAUCGUUUCCGUCCCUUCAGGUAUCGACAUUUGGGACAGUUUGCUCCAUUAGGAGGAGAACAAACAGCAGCACAACUUCCAGGAGACUGGGUUUCGAUUGGACACAGCAGUCAAUGGCUGUGGUACUCUGUUUACGCCAGUAAGCAAGUGAGCUGGCGAACGAGAGUGUUGGUGGUCUCAGACUGGAUGAGGCGUUUCAUCUUCGGAAGGGAUUCAAGUCGCAUUUGA